AUUACUCUGUUGCACCACAGACCAUGCAGUUGAUGCGCAACAUGGUAGCUGCGGGUGAGGUGGAUGCCUUGGUACCUGAGCGCGUGUGGCAAGAAUUGGCCAAGGGGUUGAUGGAACAAAAGCCAUCGCGUAUGUUUGAGGUAUUAAGAGGCUGCGGUGCAUUGCAAAAACUGCUGCCUGAGGUGGCUGCCCUGUGGGGCGUACCACAGCGUGCCGACUACCACCCUGAGGUGGAUACGGGGGUGCAUUUGAUGUUGGUGCUGGAUGUGGCAGCCCAGUUGCAAACCCUCUUACCUGUGCGUUUUGCCUGUCUGAUGCACGACCUGGGUAAGGCCACCACGCCAAUCGAUAUACUGCCGCGUCACUUGGGGCAUGAGGGCCGCAGUGCCGCAUUAGCCCAG